CUUGCUUGCAGCGCUUUCCAACAGGAUGACUCUGUUAUGUUGGACAAUCGCAGCAGUGUCGUCGUAUUGUGAAAACUGUCAAUUAACAGUCUGUCUGGCCGGGCAAGUUCAUUCCUAGGUAUGGGCUUCCGUCGGCAGGCACCCGCUCUCGGCUUGGUCACUAGGUAAUUACCUAAUAAGCCAGCCAGUGCUUCUCACUCUAUCUUGCCCUGCCCUGUAUGUAUGUGGCGCCUGCCAUGGCAGGCCACCGACGCCCCAGUCCCCGCCUCUCCCGUGGUGGUCCCCGUGCGGGCUAACUGUUACGUGGUUUAUUUAGCUACAGGCUGCAAACGGGGGAAAUGGAGGGGUCUCGUCACUGCAUCCACCUUCUUGACGAAACACUCAGCAAGGUGCUUAAGCGUGUGGCACGAGCUCUCCCCUACUCUAUUUACUAAGGUAGAGAGGCCUCUACCUGCUUACUCGUGUCGUCCAUCUCCAUUCCCUAGAGACCUUCUACCUUCAAGAACCACAUCAACGCACCUCGUUCCCGUUGUCCAACCAUCCAACACGGACCAGCUACUCCGUUAUCCAAUCGAACUUCCCCCUUUUCUCUCUCUUCUUCUUCAUUUCCUCUCUUCUUUUUCUCUCCCUCUCCCCCUUCCCUUUCCUCUCCUCGGAGCAACCAGCCAGUCAAGACCGUUAUACCCUUCUGUCCUCCAAACUAUUUGCCUUUGGAUGAGGAGACGUCAUCUGCUGUGUUGCCUAAAUUUUGGCCCCUCCACAAACCGCCCCUCCUUCCACUGAAGCUCCGUGCUGAGCCUAACUUUCCCUUCGCUUUCGUAAUCGUGAAACUCAACGCCCUGUCAGCUGCUUUGCGUUCCAGCCUUUGUUCUCACCGCCUGAGGGCUAUCCUGCCAUUAACAUACCCAGAAACGAACACCCUACUAGAUCCUCUCCCUCAUUAGGAUAAACGCCCAACAUGUAAGCUUGUUG